AUGUACCGGCGAGUAGAAAAUCGCGAUGAAUCAAUGAAAAACUUCUAUACAAUCAUUGAGCAGCUUGGUGAAGGAACUUUUGGGAAAGUCUGGAGAGCAGUCAGCAAAGCCACAGGUGAAGAAUUCGCAAUUAAAUCCAUUGAUAAAUCUAAGCUUGGCCAAGACGAAAUUUCAAAUCUUCAGCUUGAAAUCGAUAUAAUUUCUCAAGUAGAUCACCCAAAUAUCGUCCGCACUUAUGAAGUUUUCGAUGAGCCUCGAUAUUUGCAUUUUGUCAUGGAAAUUAUGAGUGGAGGUGAACUAUUCGAAAAAAUUGUGGAAAAAGACCACUACAGUGAAAAAGAAGCAGCAGACACAAUUCGUCCAGUCGUGGAAGCAAUUAAAUAUUGUCAUGAUAUGGGGAUUGUCCAUAGAGAUUUGAAGCCAGAAAAUUUAUUACUUUCAUCAGCUGAUGAAGGUGGAAUUUUAAAAAUCACAGACUUUGGCUUGGCAAGAUUUUAUGACGAUGAUUUAAUGACGACUGCGUGUGGAACCCCAGGAUAUGUCGCACCAGAAAUUAUUGAAGCGAGAGGAUAUGGACUUGAAGUCGAUUAUUGGAGUUUAGGAGUGAUUUUAUAUAUUAUGCUGUGUGGAUUUCCACCUUUUUUCGAGGAUAACAAUGAAAAGUUGUUUGAUAUGAUAAAGAAAGGCGAGUAUGAGUUUACGUCUCCUUAUUGGGAUGAUAUUUCAGCUAUGGCAAAAGACUUGAUUUCUCAUUUGCUACAGGUGAAACCUUAAUUAUUAAUGGUUAGUUAAGCUUAUUGUGUACUCAGACCACCAAUCAUGGUAUUCGCCUCCCUUGGUUAUUUUCGCUAGCUGCCUGCUUCUCAUCGCUUUUUAAUCUAUGCUCACUAUUUUUGAGUGAAGAGUUAAAGGCUACUGUACCAAAAGUCAGCAUGGGUUGCCUCCAAGAAAACUCAGAAAAAAAUUUAGUUACCUAAAGACUAAAGAUGAUCGUUCUGGCUAGUUAUCCCGAAGGACAAAUAGGCGAUCUAGGUAUAUAGCGCUUUCCCGAGGAUGGCGCCAUUCCGCGCCAUCCUCGGGCAAUUUCUAUAGUUCGCGAGCAGCUAUGCUCGACCUUGACUCCCCCUCACUACGCCCACCCUGGCAAUUUUAAUUUAAAUAAAAGAGUAAAAAUAAAAUGACAAGCCCAUCAUUAUGGAAUUAGCAUGCCAAAUGGAUUUAGCAUAGUUUGCGAGCAGCUAUGCUUGACCUUGAAUUCCCUCACUCGCCAUCUCUAUGACAAUUUUAUUUUAAAUAAAAGAGUAAAAAGAAAAUGGCAAGCCCAUCAUUAUGAAUUUAGCAUGCCAAAUGGAUUUUAACAGCUAGAGAUGAGGGACAGCAUUUUUCAACUUCGAAUCCCUCUCCUCAUGAGGAAAAACUAGUCUUAAAUCUUAAAUAGGGUUAGGCUUCUCACUCCCGAACCUCUCAUCCGCUCUGCUGUCCUUUUCUAUACAAGCUGGACAAUUAGAAGCCUUCCUCAAAGUGGUCAGUCCUUUUGAGAGGCUUGCUCUCGUAUUUAAAAAUCACCACAUCAUUUUAAUAUAUAUGCUUCAGGUAACUCCAAGCCAAAGGUUUAACGCUGAAGAAGUUUUAAGACAUCCUUGGAUGACAGGAGAAAACACUCCUCGCACCAAUAUGCCAGCUGUAAGUAGAAAGAUAAGAGAAUUCAACACCAGAAGAAGAUUCAGAAAAGUCGGAAACGCAGCAGUUGCUUCAGUGAAGCUUAUUCACAUUGCACAUGAAAAGCAUAGAGAAGAGUAUGCAUAA